UGCACAGCACAAUGCAUGAAAUCAUGACGAGUUGGGAGCAAGAUCUCCUGGGGGUUUUUCUUUGUAUCUUGAUUGUAUGGAGAGUUGAUCUACUGACCACAAUUAAACCACGUACUGUUGAAUUGACACCCAAGAGAGUGUCAAUUACUGGUCGGUCCUCGGAGAAGCAAUUCUUCACCCAUGCAUGGUGAUGAGCUACCAUAGUCACCCCUCUCCAGGAACAUCAUAGUUCCUGACACAAGGAUUGAUUUUGGCCCCCUGGAUCGUCAUGGAAAAAUAUGUAACUCUCGAGGAAUUUAGGGACGUUUUGAGCCGACGGUUUUCGGACGAGUUUCCUGCAGUUCUCAGCGAGUACGAAGGAGUGCCUCUACUCCCAGAAGUAGACGAGGUGGUUAGGGAACUCAAGACGUAUGACGUAAGAGAAGAUGACUGCUGGGUCGUUACAUAUCCCAAAGCAGGUACAACUUGGGUUCAAGAGAUUGUGUCCUGCGUGAUGCAUGACGGGAACCUGCAAGCUGUUAACGAGAGGCCUACGAUGUUCCGUGUGCCGUACAUUGAUCAGACGAUUCCUGCGCGAGCACGACAAUGGAAAAAUAUGCCACCCAUUCCGAAGAUAGUUGCUGAGAUGCCGUCACCCCGGGUCAUUAAGUCGCAUCUACCGGGUCAGCUCCUGCCCCCGCAGCUAUGGCAGAAACAGGCCAAGCUUGUCUACGUUAUCCGCGACCCAAAGGACGUGAUUGUGUCCUUAUUCCACUUCGAGAAGAUGUUUGAUCCGGAGAAAGCUGAGAAAUCGUUUGCGGAUCUCUACGAAAGGGCGAUGACCGGGAAAGUUAUGUACGGCGCAUGGUGGGAUCACUAUUUGUACUUUUGGAAGAGAAGACACGAACCGAAUGUUCUCCUGUUGCGAUUCGAAGAUUUGAAGAAAGAUCUGCGAGGUAAUAUCGAGAGGGUCAGUCUGUUUCUGGGCAAAAACCUGUCAGCCGCGAUACUGGAUGCAAUCGAGGAGCACUGCACGUUCAGCAACAUGAAGAAGAACCCCAUGACAAACAUGGACACACUGUACCCGGACAGUAUAAAAACAGGACGUACCUUUAUGCGAAAAGGCAACGUUGGGGGUUGGAAAGAUUGGUUCACUGUGGCACAGAACGAAGCCAUGGACGCCCUCAUUAAAGAAAAGCUGCACGGCACCGGACUCACCUUUGACUAGUCGAGCAAGCUGCGCCCAUUCCCAGCUGAACAUCGUUACACUGACAAACAGCUAUGAGCAAGUGCGAUCAAAACUGUACAAAAAAGCACAAUCGAGAAAAUGCACAGAAUACACAAUUCACUAUGAAAUGAUAAUGCAUGUUGUUGAAACGAUUGCUAACAGGUAUAUUUGACCGUUCACAAACCUAUCAUAGACAUGUGCUGUUUUUGUAUGAUCACCGCGCGAAGAAAAUUGGGGAUAAGAAGGUUGUGUUUCCUUAAAAAUCGAGUCAUUGGAGCAUGCAAUAGUUGUCAUUCCAGUACCCAUGGGGCGUCGCACAUUUAACAGUAUGGGCGUCCGCUGGGGUGUCAAUGCCAGCCUGCCCACACAAAAAUGACAAAUUGAGAAAAUGAAAGUCAGAGAGCAAGAAGUUUGGGAAAUAGGGGGCCUUAUGUGCAAAUAAAAUCUUUAAAACGAUAAAUCUUGCCAUCUUGGUACUGAAGUGUCAAGCACCAAAAAGUAUAUAGAAAAGUUAUGCCAAAUGCCCCACUUUGCCAUAUUAUCAUUAGUGUAAGAUACACACGGCAGCAGUGGCAGCUAUGAUGGUCAGUGCAACUUUCGAACCAACUCUUCAUGCCUUCCGGUGAGAGCUUUGCCCCCUUUAAAAAAAUCCUGGCGGAGCCCAUGCCAGUACAGAUUUCUUUUCAGAAAGUUUUUCAAAUAGCGUCCGCACUAAAAUUGAUUUUCAACUAUAUAUUUCACAUGUUGCACGAAGCGUCUUCGCGCGAGAUACGACUUUGUUGCAGAAUGGAGUUAUGAACGCAAAACGCAAGUUUUAGAAUAUUGUGUACGUUGUUAUUGUUCCUGUGGUAAAUUUCCUGUGGUAAAUGUUCCUGCGGUUUAGUGACCAUGGUAUAAUGUUUUUUGUGGCAAUGUUGCCGGGGGUAAUGUUCCUUUGUAUAGUUCCUGCGGUACCUGUUCCUGCAGUACCUGUUCCUGCACUGUGGUAAUGUAUAUUUGAUAAUGUUCCUGCGGUAUUAAUGUUCUUGUAGUAAUCGCUUGAUGGGAUUCCACUGCAUCCGAUUGAACGGGAUCCUUGGGGUGGGUCUCUUCUACACGUGUUCCAGCAUCAAUGGUGGAAAUUAAGUCAGGAAAGCUGGAAAAGAAAAGAAUUAAGAAACAACUUUGUCAGUUGAAUCAAUAUGGUGUUCAACGAAGAAAAUAAUGAGCAGAUGCAGUUUCCCUUUUAAGUUGUGUUUUAGGUGCGGUCAAACUCAAUUAUUUCUUAUUUCUGUAAUAUACGUUUCAUAAAAAAAAGAAUAAUCUACGUUUGUAAUAAUACCAAAGAGUAAGUGCAUGAGACAACCAAUCACUUACGUAUGGAAGUUUGCGGUAACAUCCUGUAAAAUGACUAGUUGUAUGUAAUUUAUGAAUGCAGAAGUUAAACCAGGAGAGUAAUUUCCCAUGGUCAUGAGCAGAUUGUGUUACCGAAAUUCGUCCAAGUUCCAUACUUGACAUAUAAAGUAAUGAGUUGCAUUUAACUUUUACUAUGUUUAAAUCUUAACCCUAAAAGGGCCGGGUUAUUUUGACCAUCUUUCA